CCUUGAACAGUGUCACAGUUCAUUCUCAAGGCAACAUCUAUUAAGGCUGAGAGAGAGGCCUGCAACAAGUGGCUCGGUAUAUGAGAACUGCAGCCUUCUCUUCAUUUCUCGACACUUCACACGAGGCUAUCAAAUCGCAUCCACACCGUCCGCCCUACCUUUACACUGACUUCAAUACGAUGGCGACAAACGAGCUCGAAGGCCAGCCCGUCGUAGACUCUGCUACCGAGGAGUUGCUAGAUAAUCCAUCAGACGAUACAUUUCCUGCGGACGACGCGAUUCCUGAGCAUAAGUCUGGGGUUAGAAUUGACCCAAAUGCUCUUGAUCAGUCAGGGAGAUUUGAGAAGAGGGACACGGUGCAUAUGAGCAUGAUCCAAUCAGGGGUUCGCACGAAGGGCACCUUUAAGGUUGCCAAAGGCCGCCUCAACAAAUCAAAGUCGUACUGGGAGUAUCAACUCGAGGACGGCGAUGGCCGGCCGUACAAGAACGGGGCCUGGAUUCGGGAAAAGGACCUUAAGAUGGAGAAGCGUGGUUGAAGGGCGCUGAAUGUAACGCUUACCUGUGGCUGUGCUAAAUUCAUGUGGCACAUCAAAUGUUAGGCAGCCACAAUUUGAUUGGAAUGUGGCGUCCAGGCGGCUGGGACAGGGCGGUCAGAUCAUUUCACUCCUCAUUUUCCUUGCUACUUAGAC